AUGGACAGGAACCGGUUAUACAACGUGGAUGUUAUUGGCGUUCUUCGUGGAAAAUAUCUUACACCAGCUUUUGGGGUCAAGAUAGGAGAGACUGCUAUCAGAAACUGCUUGCGCGAUCAACUCAAAUUUCUUAGGGAAGAAAGCUUACGAUACAUGGGCAACCACCCUGUAAUCUUUAGUGAGACUGGCAUACCAUACGACAUGGAUGACAAGCAUGCCUACAAAACUGGCGACUACAGCAGCCAGAUCAGUGCUAUGGAUGCCAUUCACUAUGCCCUAGAAGGGAGCACUUCGAAUGGGUUCACAUUAUGGGUCUAUACCGCAAGGAAUGAUCACGAAUGGGGCGACCAGUGGAAUGGAGAGGAUCUUUCGAUAUACUCUGUCGAUGACCUGGAACUUCCUAGCAGCAAGUCCCUUCAAGAUCAUGAAUUGCACAGCCGGUCAGACCACGGUUCCCCCUCCUACUCGUCCAGUCAUCAUGCAACCAACCAAGAAAUAAGCCCUCGGAAUCUAAAGGACGCUAUCAAGACCCCUUCUAUCACCUCAGAAGUCUCACAACUGGACGAAGAUAAACUUGGGUACCGUGCUGCCGAAGCCUUCAUCCGACCUAGUCCUAUCUAUACAAAUGGACUGAUAUCUGACCACGUCUUUGACUUGAAGAACUGCACUUUUACCAUGUCGCUCAUCGGAAACCCAGCUGAUGUGCCAACGGAAAUUUACCUGCCUGAUUUUCAUUUCCCAGACACGGCCACCCGAGUGGCUACCACCGCUGGAAAGUGGUCCAUUGAUUACGUGGAGUUUAAGCAUGCCCGGUUUCAGAGACUCCAAUGGUGGCAUCCCGAGGGUGAACAGGGCAUCAAAAUCGAAGGCAAAAAGCGUAAAGGAGGCGCGCUGGCAGCUCCUUCGGCAGAGGACGUAAGCUAUCUUGAACAGUGCCAAAAGGGAGGAUGUACGGUGAUGUAA